AUGUUCUCGCCCGUUGACGAAAAAAAGCAACUAGCGAAUAUUGAGAAGGAAAUCCUAACAUAUUGGGAUGAAAUCGAUGCUUUCAAGACAUCCAACAAGCUCGCCGAAGGCCGUCCAGAAUACAUUUUCUAUGAUGGUCCACCAUUUGCUACUGGCACACCACACUACGGUCACAUUCUUGCUGGUACAAUCAAGGAUGUCGUUACACGUUACGCAUACCAGACAGGUCACUCUGUUCCACGCCGCUUUGGUUGGGAUACACACGGCGUUCCAGUCGAGCACGAAGUUGACAAGAUGCUCAACAUCAAGGACAAGACAGUCAUCGAAAAGGAGAUGGGUAUUGGCGUCUACAACGAGAAAUGCCGCUCAAUCGUCAUGAAGCACCAGCAGGAUUGGGAGCGCGUCGUCAGACGUUGCGGCCGCUGGAUCGACUUCGUCAACAGCUACAAAUCCAUGGAUGUCACAUUCAUGGAAUCUGUUUGGUGGGUCUUCAAGCAGCUUUGGGAGCAGGACAACGUCUACUGCGGCGUCAAGGUCAUGCCAUACUCAUAUGGCUGCGGCACACCACUUUCCAACUUCGAAGCUGGUCUUGAUUACCGCUCAGUUUCAGAUCCAGCCAUCUACAUUGCCUUCAAGGUCCCAGGCAAGGACUUCGAAGUCAUCGCAUGGACAACAACACCAUGGACACUUCCAUCCAACCUCAUCCUUGUUGUCAAUCCAAAGAUGAAAUACGCCAAGUUCGUUGAUAACGCAACAGGCAAGAAGUACAUCACGAUGAAGUGCCGUAUCCCAUCCCUCUACCCACCAAAGGCCAAGGAUGCUUUCAAGAUCCUCGAAGAGAUGGACGGCCAAGACCUCGUUGGCAUCGAGUACGAGCCACUCUUCCCAUACUUCGCCAACUGGAAGGAGCACGGCGCUUUCAAGAUCUACACAGCCGACUACGUUACAGAUGAUUCCGGUUCCGGUAUCGUCCACACAGCUCCAGGCUUUGGUGAGGACGACUAUGGUGCCUGCCUCAAGCACGGCAUCAUCACACGCGACGGCGAGAUCGUCUGCCCAAUUGAUGAUAACUGCUGCUUCACAGAGGAAGUUCCAGACUACAAGGGCGUCUUCGUAAAGGAUGCCGAUGCCCAGAUCAUGGAUCGCCUGAAGAAGGAAGGCCGCCUUAUCAAGAAGGAGACAAUCAAGCACGAAUACCCAUACUGCUGGCGUUCUGGCACACCACUCAUCUACCGCUGCAUUCCAUCAUGGUUUGUCCGCAUCGAGAAGCACCGCGAACUCCUCAUCGAGAAUACAAACAACACUCAUUGGGUUCCAAACUCAAUCCGCGAUGGCCGCUUCAUCGAAUGGCUCAAGAACGCUCGUGACUGGGCCAUUUCCAGAAACAGAUACUGGGGCACACCAAUCCCAAUCUGGACAGAUGAUGCCAAGUCAGAAUUCUACUGCAUUGGCUCCAUCAAGGAACUCGAGGAACUCUCCGGUGUUACAGGCAUCAAGGAUAUCCACUGCCACUUCAUUGACCAGAUCACAUUCAAGUCACCAAAGACAGGCAACGUCUUACACCGCAUUCCAGAAGUUUUCGACUGCUGGUUCGAGUCUGGUUCCAUGCCAUUCUCACAGUUCCACAUCCCAUUCUCCGGCAUGGAGUGGCGCCAGGCUGAUUUCAUCGCAGAAGGCCUCGAUCAGACACGUGGCUGGUUCUACACGAUGACAAUUCUCUCCUCACUCCUUGGCCACCCAUCACCAUUCAAGAACGUCAUUGUCAACGGCCUCAUCAUGGCAGCUGACGGCAAGAAGAUGUCCAAGAAAGAGAAGAACUAUACAGAUCCAGAGCUCAUCAUGGACCGCUUCGGUGCUGAUGCAGUCAGACUUUACCUCACAAACUCACCAGCCUGCCACGCCGAUCCAUUCUCAUUCAAGGAUGACGAUGUCGCCAUGAUUGUCAGACAGACAAUGCUUCCAUGGAUGAACUCAAUCAAGUUCUGGGUUGAGCAAGUCAUCCGCCACGGAAACAACUUCAAGAGAAACACAGAGCUCGCAUACUCAUCAGAGAACAUCCUUGAUAAGUGGAUCCUCUCCAAGAUCAACCGCCUCAUCCAGCACGUCCACCGCGAGAUGGGUCUCUACCAGCUCUACAACGUUCUCCCAGAGCUUGUCAAGUUCAUCGACCAGCUCAACAACUGGUACGUCAGACUCAACAGAGACCGCCUGAAGAAGGGAAAGGAUGCCGAGACAGGUAUCGCUGUUUUGUUCGAAGUUCUCCUUCAGCUCUCAUUGUUGAUGGCUCCAUUCGCUCCAUUCUUCGCCGAGUACGCCUACCAGCACUUGAAGCCAGCACUCCCAGAGUCAGAGCAGCUCCAGUCCAUCCACUUCGUCAUGCUCCCAUCCGCUGACGAGAAGCACAUCGACUCUGUCAUCGAGCGCCGUGUCGAACUCAUGCAGUCCGCAAUCUUGAUCGCAAGACUCGUCAGAGACAAGAAGAAGAUCCCAGUCAGAAGACCAAUGAAGGCUAUCACAAUCGUCUGCUCUCCAGAAGUCAAGGAGAUGGUCCACGACUUGACAAACUACAUCACAAAGGAGUGCAACAUCCUCGAGAUCGACUACGAGACAGAUGAGAAGAAGUACGUCCAGUUCUCAGCUGUUCCUGAUGGAAGACUCCUCGGAAAGAGACUCGGAAAGCAGCUCAAGGAAGUCAGAGAGGCACUCACAAAGAUCCCAUUCGAGAAGAUGGCUGAGAUCUACGACAAGGCAAUCCACGCAAAGCAGAACGGUCAGCCAGCUCCUGAGUUCGAAGUCGCUGGUGUCACUGUAAACACAGACGAAGUCGACGUCACUCGCUCUCUCGUUGGAUUGGAUGAGAACAAGUUCUUCGGUGGUGUCGAUGGAGAAGUUGUUGCUUUCGUCGAUAUCUCUGUCUCUAAGGAGAUCGAGGAAAUGAACGUCGCUCGUGAAAUCCGCGCUCGUGUUCAGGCUGCAAGAAAGGCUCUCGGAUGUGUCCCAACAGACAAGGUAAAGAUCUACAUCGAAGUACAGGGAGAAAACGAUGUCACAGCUGUCUUAGCUCGCAGAGAAGAGCAGCACAUCAAGACAAACCUCGAGUUCCCAAUCAACUUAGGAAAGUCUGCUGCUGGUGAAGAAAUGUUCGGCGGAAAGACAUACGAGGAUAAGAUCGGUGAUGUCGUAGUCACAGUUACACUCGUCAAGGCUUAA